AUGAAGAUGGAUGUUCCCAAGGCCAGCGCUGAAACCAUUGAGGAUGCGUCCAAGCAUGGAGAUGUCAUGCCUACCAAGGGCAUGGGGCCCGUCAUGCGAUCUCGCGAAGACGAACUGGGUGUCUGGCAGUGUGUACGACGAUUCCACACCGUGUCGCUGAUUGCCAUGACCGCGGCGUUUAGCGCAUCGCUGGAUGGGUACCAAAUCAACCUGAAUGGCGGUAUUGUCUCCAACAAAGGGUUCAUUCGACAGAUGGCUUCUCCGGGCACAUCGAUCAUCGCAGGCAAAUACAUCUCCGCCUGGGGUGGUGUGCAAUCCGCCGGUCAAACGGUCGGUCAAGUCCUCCUCCAAUACGCCACGGAAAAGUUCGGUCGGAAAAUCGCGUUCUAUAUCAUCUGGCUCGAUAUUGUGAUCAGCGUGUUUAUUGAGUCCUUUGCAACCAGAUGGGAUCACUGGCUCGCAGCGAAACUCUUCUCGGGAAUGGGUGUUGGGAUGCUGCAAUCCACCUUGCCUCUCUACUUGUCGGAAAUCGCCCCAACCCAGCUGCGAGGGUUCUAUAUCAACGCGUAUAGUUUCUGGUUUGUGGUUGGUCAGAUCUUCGCCUCGGUGGCCCUGAAGGAACUCAGCGAAAAGGACCCGUAUCAAUUCCGAGUGCCUAUCUAUACCCAGUGGGCUAUGGUGGGCAUCAUUCUGUUCAUCUUCGUCUUUAUCCCCGAAUCACCCUGGUGGCUCGUGAGCAAAGGAAAGACGGAAAAGGCAGCCACCAUUCUAUCUUGGUGCAACCGCAAGGUUGAGGGAUACAGUGUCGACGAACAGAUUGAAGUCAUGACAGCCACAGUUGCGGAAGAGCGUAUCAUCGCAGGGCGUAAUGCGGAAGAGGGACCAUGGGCUGUUUUCCGGGGCCGCAAUCGCCUUCGUUUUUUAAUUGCUGCGUGGCCCAAGAUUGCCCAGCAGUUUGUCGGUCUGUCCGUGUUUAACACGUACGCCACCUACUUCUUUCAAUAUGCGGGUAACAAGGACCCAUUCACGGUCACGGUCAUUCUGUCUUGUGUCCAGCUACUCUCUAUGCUAUUGACUGCCGCCACCACGGACAAGCUUGGUCGUCGUCCGCUGACGAUCUACCCCUAUGCGGUAACAUCGGUGGCCCAGAUCUUCUUCGCAUGUUUGGCAACGUUGUCCACCACUGGUGCAUCGGCUAUUGGCUAUGCCUACGCCGCUGAGAUUCCUCAGCAACGCUUGCGUGCAAAGACAGCCGGUUGGGCUCUCGCGUCUUCGAACUUGGUUGCUAUCAUGUUCAGUUUCUGCACGCCUUUGAUGAUCAACAAUGCACCGGUCUCCCACUGGGGUGUCAAAACGGCUUUCUUCUUUGCAGGUACAGGGACAAUUGCGGUAAUUAUCGCUUGGUUCCUUCUCCCCGAAGUGACACGCCGAACACCAGCUGAGAUUGAUGAGAUGUUCGAGAAGAAGGUCAACCUUCGAAAGUUCAAGGGGUAUGUCACCGAAGUGCAGCUGCGCUCGAAUGAGCAACGGGAGGACCAGGAGAUGGGAGUCACAGCUUAA